AUGGUUAGAUAUUUUCCCAGCAAUGGCCAGACUGUCUUGCCAAUCCAUCUUGGAUUCUGGCCGGACAACCCGACCUCCCCCGGUGAGCUUAUUAUUACUCAAGCUUUCUCGGCCAGGCUUCCAGUGGUCUGCCGACAGAUUCAUAGUAGACAACCGUUUGGAAUGUUCAGAGGCGAAAAUGCAAUGAACUAUGCAUUUUCAACUUUCUUGCUCGAGGCAGUUAUUGUUAUUUUCUUCAUCAAAGUCACUUGUUUCAUCCUCCGACCAUUACGUCAACCUCGUAUCGUCUGUGAGAUUAUUGUUAGUCACUGA